AAGGUCAUACACGGGGCAAGUUCGUUCUUUCUAUGGAAAAUAUUUUGGUUGCCCUCGUCUCAUUUCAUCCAUCCUUUACUUCUAGCUCCAUUUUGUGUAAGUUCUCUUGAAAUGCAAAAUCAUUGUAGUUGUAAUGUUUUGGGAAUGCAAAAUCAUUCUAGUUCCUUUCAUACACAUGGAUUUACUUUUCUAAUAUUUUGGAAAAACUAAUAAACAAUUAACAGUUUUUCAUUCUUUUGCAGAGGUUAAAUUUUGUGUUAUGGUGGCAAGUACAUGAAAGUUAAAAUCACUCAGAGUGAUUUGGUGAUUUUUGAAAUUAGUAAUUCUAAAGGUUAUAAUUAUAUUAUGAUAGUGAAUCAGUAUUAUAUAUAACUCAAAAUUCAGUAUUUUAUAAAAAUACUAAUUAUAAAACUAUAUACCAUACAAUUUGUUGAAGUUUUACUAAUGGAAUAAGAGAUUAUAUGAAAGAAGUAACCUAAAUGUUGUGGAACAUAAUUAGCUGUUGCAGAAAAAUCAGAAAUUAUUUGAGUUAAUUUAAUUAGCAUUAUAAAUGUUUAAAAAAUUUAACCAAUUGAUAAGUAUUGGAUUAGAUUGCUAUUUUUUCACAAUAGUUUGGUUAAUUUUGUGAACGUUGUAUUUGUUAAAAAUUGAUAUAGUAAGUACUGAAGAAACUUAUGGAAAAGGCCAAUUUAUUCUAAUGACGACAUUGCAUUAAAGUGAUUAAUUUGUUAUAUUGUUUGGUGGACAAUUGAGAAUCAAGAUGCAAUAGACACUGCCAUAGUUGGUGUUGGGAAUCCAAGUGUGAGUCUAAGUCCCACAUUGGAGAGAAAUGAGAAAGUAGAGUGGUUUAUAAGUGGGAAGACCCAUUAACUCAUUGCCUUAAGGUUUUGGGUAAAGAGUGGUGUCAAGGUUGGACUCACAUCUCAUUGCUCAUUGACUUCCCGGUCAAAAAACCUCCCCCUUGAUACUCCAAACAGUGGUAUCAGAGCCGAUGGUUGGCCUUGGUGACCAAGGCUCAGACGAGGGUAAUGAUCCCUAUAUGCUUCCGCUGAAGGGGGAGUUGUAAGUGUACCAAUGACUCACCCUUGAGGAGGUCAUUGACUUUCCGGUCAAAAAACCUCCCCCUUGAUACUCCUAACACUUGGGAUGUUAGCUGAUCCAAAAGAGGUUAGUCAUUGAUAUGUUAUUCACCGUGAUUCCUUUGAUGGCAUCUUUAUUAUCUUGAAUGCUGUGUAGCUAUAAUUUGUACUGUAUUCAUCUUUGUACAUUAAUUUUCUUUUCUAUCUUGCUUCUAUUAAGGCUGAAUGAAUCAUGUGGAUUGGUUAAGGGUCGUGAUUGAGCUUGAUUUAAUUGACUCAACACAAACAUGCUAGUAGUUGAAUGUUUUUUCUUUGUAUGUUUUUUCUUGUGCUUAGAUUUACAGGUCAUUUUCAACCAUAUCCUUUUUAAGUAUCAUGUUUAUAUUCUGCACUUGGAGAAGUUGAAUCUGAUUUUACACCAGUAUAUUUGUCUAAUCUUAUUAACACCAUAUACUCCUCGUGAUCUCAUUUAUUUCUUCUUUUUAUUUUCAGGGGAUCAGCUAGCCAUAGGAAAGGAAACUGGCCGACGCUUGGGAAUGGGUACUAAUAUGUAUCCUUCAUCUGAAUUGCUUGGGCAGGACAAGGAUGAGUCCAUAUCUGCAUUACCUAUUGAUGAACUGAUUGAAAAUGCAGAUGGGUUUGCUAAGCACAAGUACGAGAUUGUGAAACGUUUGCAAGCCAGGAAACAUAUUUGUGGGAUGACUGGUGAUGGAGUGAAUGACGCACCUGCACUCAAGAAGGCCGACAUUGGUAUAGCUGUUGCUGACGCAACUGAUGCAGCUCGGAGUGCAUCCGAAAUUGUUUUAAUAGAACCUGGCCUGAGUGUUAUUAUUAGUGCAGUGUUGACAAGUCGAAUAAUUUUCUGUUUAAUGCAGUAAACAUGGUUGGUGUUGUGUAAUUGAAUUUAACAUAAUUUUAAUUUAUAAUUAUAUUUUCAUUAUUGUAUUGGUGAAUGCUGCUCCUUAAAAGAGAAUCAAAUAUUAGUUCCAAUAUUUUUAUAAGGUGGGAUGUUACUAGCAAAGCAUGAUAUUGGAA